GUAAAAUGGAGGAAGAAAGAGCCAAUGAAGAUGCUAAAAAGAUCUUAAUCAACAUUCUGGGAAAGAGACAGCCUGAUAGUUCUCAAAACAAUGUUGUCAUACAUGAUGAGAUGCCCAGUAUCGAUGAUGAAUCAAGUGAAUACAAAGAGCCUUCAAUUGCUUCUAAGAGUUGUAAUGGAGAGCACUCUAAAUAGCAUUAAUAACGCAUUUAAAGAUGAAGAAGGAAAUACAUUUACCUCUAACAUGGAUGCUACUCAGAGCAAAGGCUCAACAGUCUCUUUUCAAACUUUUAAUCUAGAACCUCCAAUGGAAUAUGAAGAAAUUAUUCAGAAAUUAGAAGGAGAUAUUAGGAAACACAUUCGUGUACAAAAUCAGCUCAAACUCCAUAUUGAGUCCUUGCAAGGAAGAGUAGAUGACAAGGAGAAAGAGUCCGUCGUCAAAAAUCAACAAAUAAUUGACCUCACAGAGCAUAUGGAGGCUUUGAGAGGCUCUAUAGCUGAAAUGAAUCAAAAGAAGAAGCAAGAAAUUAAACAGCUCAAGGACCAAAGUGAUAGAGAAAUUAAAAGAAUCACCGAAGAAAAUAAAAAGUUAAAUAAAGUUAUUCGUGAUCAAUCUCAGUAUGAAGAGAGGAAAGUAUUUGUUGCAAAAUCCAUUCCUCACAGCAGUAUUGAAAGAGCUAAACGGCCCGAUUCUAUCAGAUCAAACAAUAGCCAUGGGCCGAUGAAGGUGCAAGAAAUAUCGGGAAUAAACAUUAAAUAAGCAUCAUAGGCAUGGCUCUAAUACAUCGAAUUUAAGCAGUAAGCAUUACACUAAAUUAGGCCAAUCCAAGAAGCAAUCAAAUUUUGAAAUUGGAAAUAAUCCCAAACAGUCUUUCAACACGAACAAACCAGUCAAGCAAUCACCAUAUUCAACAAUGAGGUAUACUAAAACAGCAGAGGGUGAUAACAUGGACCUAGACUUGCUUCAGGAUUGGGAUAAACAAAAAACAAUGCCCGUCCAAGCUAGACAGACCAGCUCAAAGAAAAGAAAAUAGCGACUGUAAAAAGAUCCAAAGGAAAAGCGAAAAUAAAUCCAAAAACAAAAGCCUACUAGCAACUAGUAAUUCCAAAAGCCUUCGGUAUGAUUUAUACAAAGGACUGAGUCAGUAUAAUCAAAGUAUGGGGACUUUUGGAAAACCUGUGAACACUUCCUCUCAGACUCAACUGAAACGGUCCCAACUGUAUUCAACAGCUAAUGUGCAUAAUAAAUCUACCAGUAAUCUCGGCUCAGGAAGCAUGAACAUGAAGGCUCAUCUUUCAAAGAAAAUGAUCAAGAAUUAUGUCAAUACCAAUCGAGAGAAAGAUCAUAUGGGAAUUAGAUAUGAGAUUGAAAAGAAUGGCAACCAAAAAAGACUUAAUACUUACGCAAAAAAAGCUGCUCAGAGGGAAAACAAUGGAGCAAAAAGACCUAAAUCAACACUUGAUAAUGCUCCAACUUUCCAAGGGGGAAGUAAUAUUCGUAAAGUACCCAAGACGUACCAAUCCCCAUCUGGAAUAGCAGAUGAGUCUCGGAAAACUAAGGUAAAAGUUUAUAAGCUUGAGAAGAACAAAAUUGUCAGCGAAAUUGAAGAUAGGAGAAAGCAUUUAAAGUCCAAAAGUCAGUCUAAUUUCUCUUCCCAACAUGCGGUCGAUCAUAAAGCCAAGAAAUUGAGAAACUCAAAGAUUAAGAAGACUGAUAUUUAUUCACAGAACUUCAUGUCGAAUGAGCUACAAAAGUCUAGUGGUAUACGGGAGAAUGCUAGUAAGAUCACAUCUCCUGGAUCUGAAAAUAAAAAGUCUCCAAUGAGGACAGUUUCCAACUUCCAACAAAUGAACAAAGUUAUCAAAAAAGUCAACAAUACUAUGAAAAAUUCAAGAAGUCAUUAUACCCGGAAGGCUGGCACAGAAAGAGAGCUGAACAAAAAUCACUCACUUAUCGCAGAAAGUGGCUGAAGCGGCUUCUUUGGUAAUAACAAAAACAAAGGUAAUUACUAUAUAACAAGCAAUUAUAGAACUAAGGAAAGAACAUUCAGGCUCUCGGGUUACAACAAAACCUUCUGGGAGUAAAGAUCCUGAAAAUAGAAUGAAUUUUUAUCCCUCUCCACCAGAUGAGGUUGAUUUCGAUUCCCUUGAGUUCCAGGAACAGAAAGAAGAAUUUAAAAUAACCCGACUGAAAAAUAAGAUAAAAGAGCGAUCAUCCAAAAUGCGGUCUCCAGAUAUUUCAAAAGAUCAUAUUCCUGAGUACUAUUUUGAUCUAUCCAAAAUUCAUGAGAAUAAUGGUAAAAUGCCGAAAAUUGGAGGGAAAGAACGAAUCAAAAGCUACCAACUAUACAAAAGAUAGUUUAUUUUCUAGU